AUGGCGCCCAAGGCCGCCGUGGUCCACCUCGUGCUAGUGCCCUUGCUCUCCCUGAUCCUGCCCAUCUCCUCCCUCGCUCUGGCCCAGGACUUCUGCGUCGCCGACAUGGCCCGUCCCGACACGCUGUCCGGCUACCCGUGCAAGCCCAAGGCCCUCGUCGACUCCAAUGACUUCUACUCCGAUGCCCUGGCCAAGCCCGGCCCGGUCAUCCAACCCUUCGACAUCGGCCUAGCCUCCGCCACCGUUAAACACGCCGAUACCAAUAUACCCUACGUCAAGACCCUAAACAAGGGCGACCUCUUCGUGUUCCCGCAGGGGUUGCUGCACUUCCAGUACAACAUCGGCAAUUCGACCGCCAUCGCCUUCGCCGCCUACAGCAGCCCUAACCCCGGCCUGCAGAUCACUGACUAUGCGCUCUUCGGCGACACCCUGCCAACGGACGUGGUGGCGAAGCUCACCUUCAUAGUUCGCGCGGAGGUCGAGAGGCUCAAGCGCUUCUUCGGCAUUGUUUCAGUACCCUAA